CUUCACUGUUAACCCCGCGAAUGCGGUGAAACGUCUAGAAAGCCAAUGGCGUUGUAGUAUCGGUUUUGGCGCUUCGGUGUCUCUGUCAGAGGAACCGAGGGGAGACGCAACGUUCGCAGCGUUCACUGGUCGUGAUCUACUGGUGGUCAUCCCGGGACAGCUGAAACGAACCGCCUUCACUCUCAUUGGAAAGCUUGGACCGAGUCCAUUUGCGUCACAAGCUCGCUGCUACGUAUAUGCAGGGUCGCCAUAGUGAAUAGAAGGUGGGGGAAGCAGCGGUAUAAGUUCCCUCACUUCGAACGCACUUCUCUCUCCAAACAACACAUCUUACACUCAAAGCACACACAAGUAAUCACUUCUAAUCACAAUCACCAUGGGUUGGUUCGACGACAACAACGACGCCUACAACCAGGUCCAGAACGACCAGCCCGACCAUGAGGGCAAGUUCAGCCACGAGCUCAUUGCCGGCGGUGCCUCCUUCAUGGCGAUGAAGGUGUUCGAAGACCAACAGCGCAAGGAGGGCAAGGUCGUCAACCAUCAAUUCGCCAAGGAGCUACUCGCCGGCAUUGCGGGCGGUGAGGUCGACAAGCUCUGCGAGACCAAGGGCGCCGACUACGUCGACCGCGAGCGUGCCAAGCACGAGGCCAAGCAGAGGGCUGAGCGCAUGUACGACGAGCAUUACGGCGGGGAUGACCAAUACGACCCGAACCAGAGGGAGCCCCACGGACAGCUCGGUGACUACAACGGGUACUCCGACAACAACAGCAGGUGGUAGAGUUCUCCCACACCGGCACAGUUUGCGGCUUGUUGUCACAAAAGAGCAUUGAGACG